AAAAAAAAAAAAAAAAUUCCCCUGACCCUUUUUUCCCUUUUUCAACCGUCAUUUUUUUUUUAUUUCAAAAUGAACGCAGCAUUUUUCAAUAAUCCUCCUCAUGCCUCUCAAGUUUUUUCGACUUCUCCACAAUCGCCACCAUCUUCAGGACACGUUUACACCACUGAGAUUUAUCCUCCAUCAUUUCUUCCUUCUUCAUCCGAUUCAAGUCCAAUGGAAAGUCCGAUGUUAUUACCAAAAAGAAUUUCCUCAUUUAAUAAUGAUAAUGACAAUUUCACAUUAGACGGAAGUGGAACCAACAAUAACAACUUGGUUCAACAACAAAGAGAAAUGGUUUUCUCAGUUCCUGUUGUAAGUAAUAAUAAUCAACGUGCUGUUAAAAGGAAAGGAAGUAAAGCUUCUAUUAGGUCCAACAGAAAUUCUAUUUUUUUGGAUCCUAUCGUUGAAGAAGCAAAUGAUUUCAGUCUUGUGAAUAUGAAUGCUGGUAGUGCUACUAUUAUCGAUAAACACUAGCUAUUUUUUUUUUUUGUACAUCCGCAUUCCGCAGUAUCCAAUUUUUCUUGUAAAUUUCUGAAUUUUAUUUGAAUUGUAAAUAAUUUUUUGUUGCAUUUAACAUAUUUUUUUUUUUUAUCCAUUUUCAUAUGUUUAUAUCACUUUUAUUUCAAUGUUUAUAUUUUAUUUUAUUCAUUUUAACAUAUUUUUUACUUGGUUUCUUUUUAGUUUUAAUUAAUUAUUUCUUACUCAAUUAUAUUUUUAAUUAUUAAUCAUUAAUAUUUUU